CUAUUGUGUGUAUAACAAUUUCGUAGAAUGAUUCGUUAGUACUGUAUCUAUAUGGAGUGUUAAAUUUAAAUUUUAUUUCUACGCAAUAUAAAAGUUGAUAUAGAUAAUACUUUUGGGCCGUAGAUGGGGGUAUACAAGACGUAUAACGCAGCUCAGUGAUGAAAUAUAAACUGUUGUUGAAGAUUCGCCAGAACAUUCGUGAUUAGUCACACUACAGUACAAGAUAUUUUUAUUUUUAAUAAUAUACGUAAGUGUCAUUAGAACAUCUAUUCAUCAUCUACCAUGAAGUUGAGUAUUGCGAUUGUUGUUUUAGCGACGAUUAUUUAUGGAUGCCAAUGUGCUCCGUAUCCAGAUUGGAGUGAAAAUUUCAACCAGCAAAUGCAAGAUUUGGAAAAUAGAUUGCAUCAAAAUGAAGAAAGAAGAAACCAACAAUUAGAAGCAGGAAGAUUAGAAAGAGAAGAAAAAAUGAGACAAUUGCAUGAGCGAUUAGAAGCAGGAAGAUUAGAAAUAGAAGAAAAUAUGAGAAAAAUGGAUGAGCGAUUGGAAGCAGGAAGAUUAGAAAUAGAAGAAAAUAUGAGAAAAAUGGAUGAGCGAAGGGAAGCAGAAAGAUUAGAAAGAGAAGAAAAUAUGAGAAAAAUGAAUGAACAAUUAGAAACAGCAAGUCAAAACGCCGGUAGUGGUUCAAUAUUCCCUCUCAAUAAUUAUUUUGUUAAUGGAGUUCAUGUAUAUCAUCGUGUUAAUGACAAAACCAUUGACAAUAUUCGAGAACGAACCGUAAUUGACUAUACUUCUAAAACAGGCAAAACUGAAAUUAAAAAAUACAAAUGUGAAAUUCCCAUUAAUUCUCCAUGUGUCUUGAAAAGUACUGAAGUUAAAGAUGGUCCCCCAACAAACGUUUAUUAUUCACAAAAUGAUUUCAUGUUAAACUAAUAAUUACUAAAAUAUUUCUUUGUUGUAAUUAAUCUUCUUGAUGUUAGAAUUAAAAGAAAAUUUUU